ACACAAAUCCAAUACUCCUAGCUACAAGCUGUUAUGCUCUCAUCCAUUGCAGAGAGAAGGAUGUCUUCUUCUUCUCUUCUAGUUGCCUUAGCCAUCUGCUUGGCUUUGCUUUCCCCAGGAUCCCGAGCUCAACUGAGCUCCUCCUUCUACAAUUCCACAUGCUCCAAUGUGUCAGCCAUUGUGCGUAGCGUAAUUCAGCAGGCCCAAAGCUCUGAUGUUCGGAUCACCGCAAGCCUCACUCGACUCUUCUUCCAUGAUUGUUUUGUCGAUGGAUGCGAUGGGUCUGUUUUGCUGGACAGCAGCUCUACGAUAGUGAGUGAGAAGGGUGCAGUUCCGAACAACAACUCAGCUCGGGGUUUUGAUGUGGUUGACAACAUCAAGACUGCAGUAGAGAAUGCUUGCCCAGGAGUAGUUUCAUGCGCUGAUAUCCUUGCCCUUGCUGCCGAAGCUUCAGUUAACUUAGCAGGAGGUCCCUCAUGGUCUGCGUUACUCGGAAGAAGGGAUGGAACCACUGCGAACAUAACCGGCGCCAACAACCUCCCAAGCCCCUUUGAUAGCUUAACUACCCUCCAAUCCAAAUUCUCUGCCGUCGGCCUCGGCGACACCGAUCUCGUCGCCUUAUCAGGAGCCCACACCUUUGGGAGAGCACAAUGCAGAUUCUUCAGCAACCGGCUCUAUAACUUCAGCGGCACCGGCAAUCCGGACCCGAGCUUGAACUCUUCUUACCUGACCACACUGCAGCAGAACUGCCCUCAGGGAGGGGAUGGAACCACACUCAACAAUCUCGACCCCAGCACCCCAAACACCUUCGACAGCAACUACUUCACCAACCUUCAGAACAACCGUGGGCUUCUGCAAUCGGAUCAAGAACUCCUCUCAACAAGCGGAGCUUCCACCGCUUCGAUCGUCAACAGCUUUGCGAGCAGCCAGAGCACCUUCUUCCAGAACUUUGUGCAGUCGAUGAUAAACAUGGGGAACAUUAGUCCACUUACUGGGAGCAGUGGGCAGAUAAGGAGCAACUGCAGGAAGGUCAAUGGGAGUUGAGGGUUCUUGAGUUGGAGUUGGAGGAGGAGGAGGAUGGUUCUGAAACAAAGGAGAGCUGUGAGCAGUGUUAGUUAGAAUAUGAAUAAAGUCCAACGGAAGUUGUAGUAAGAAGUUGUUCUGUUAUGUGAGCCAAGUGCUCAAGUUAUAUCAAGUGAAACAAGUAAAAUGCUUGCAUAUUGUGGAAAUCAA